GACACUUUCUGUUUGUAGUUGAAGAGCAACAAGAAACAGCUGUAAGGCCACUCGUAAUCACUGAUGGCUUGGUUUUACCCACUGUAAAGAACUCAGAAUGAGAAAUAUGAAGAUUCCAGAACUGCUGUUGUUUGCAAUGGCAGCAUUGCACUGUGGGAUAACAGAACAGAACUUUAUGGGUAACUGUAAUGAUGUCGUCAGACUUCCUUGUACAGCUACUGACCGAACAAAAACAUACCGUUACGUCAUGUGGUAUAAAAAAGAUAAUGUUCCUAUCAUCAAGAGGAAAAAAAAUGAAUAUGCAUACUAUAACUUGACCAAUGUUUCUCUGGAAGAUAAAGAGACCCUGGUGUUAAAAAAUACGCAACCUUCAGACUCUGGAGAAUAUCAAUGCUUCCUGGCUGCAGAGGUUGGAGGUCAAAAUGAUGAGUCUAUAGUUGGAUUGAAUAUCUCCGAAUGUUUGGAUGUGAGCACAGUUUAUCCCAUCACCACCACGAUCCCUGCUGAAUCCUGUCCUGCUGUAGAAGAAUUAAUUGUUUCCUGGGCUGUGAUUGGCUUUUCUCUUAUUAGCAUCACCAAAAUUAUUCUUUGCAUUGUAACUGUGGGGGUGUGUGAUCGAGUCAUAUUUAGAACAGUAAGAAGAAAACAGGAAGGAAGGGGAAGCAAGACUGGAAGGUCAAGCUGGAAAGACUGAGAUUCACAAAAAGCUGAUGGGGUGAUUUUAGUUUUACGCAUCCAUUAGCUAAGUAAAACAGUCCAAGCCUGUAAACAUUUACAAGGUUAUUCACAUCAUUAGGUUGUGUUGAUAGGAUCCAUUUUAUUUCUGUGUGGUUUGGCUAUUCUUAAUUACUUUUUUAAUGGAUGGUUUAUUCCUUGGGGAAAAAGGACAUCUAUAAUGGGAGCUGUUUUAUAGCUGUUGAGGGAGACAAGAGUCAGGGAGGGCUGCAAUUCAUUAGGCCUGUGCUCUGCCACAGCUGCACACUCUUGCCUUUUGUUUGUUUUUACAUUUCCCCCCAUUUUUUAUAAUUGUAUAUCCUCUGUAAAUCAUUUUUACUGUCUGCAACAAAUGUAUGUACUUUAUGAAUCUUAAGGUUUGUUACUAGGGCUGCCAUUAGAUGAAAAUUGUAUUUAUCUAAUUAAUUACAUAAUGUGGUGAUUAAUUAAUUAUUAUUAUUUUAAUGCAUUUGACUGUGAAAAAACCCUUAAAAGACAAUUUAUAGCUAUUGUGUUAAAUUGACAAAAAGUAGCUUUAGAAAUAAAUAUAUUAUUUGAUUAAAUAAAGAAAGAAAGAAAGAAAGUAAGUAAAAGAAAAUACACGUUUAGGCUACAACAGCCUAACAUAAACUAUAAUACAAGAUGAUCUGAGAAAAAUCAAGUAUUUUUUGUUCAUUCGAUUCGGUCAAAUGGUUCAAAGUUCUGCUGCAUGUGGCAUUAUAGAUACAGUAAUAUUUUCGCUGCCAAAAUUGAGCAAACACAGACUAUAAUUGACCUUGAAACCAUAUAGCACAGAUAUAUUGUAUGGGUCAAAAUUAUAGAUUUUUCUUUUAUGGCAAAAAUCAUUAGGAUAUUAAGUAAAGAUCAUGUUCAUGUUAAGAUCUUGAAGGUAUUUGUUAAAUCUCCAUAUCGAAACAUAAUUUUUGAUUAGUAAUAUGCAUAGAUAAAGACUUAAUUUAGACUUAAUAAAACAUAUUUAGAUUUUUUUUGCACCAUCAGAUUCCAGAUUUUCAAAUAGUUGUGUCUCUUCCAAAUAUAGUCCUAUCCUAACAUACAAUACAUCAAUGGAAAACGUAUUCAUUCAGUUUUAGAUUAUGUAUAAAUUGUAAUUUUGAAAAUGGACCCUUAUGACUGGUUUUGUGGUCAUGGGUCGCAUACUGUGUUUAAAAUAUAAGACAAAAUUAACUUCUUAUUUACUGAACUGUUGUAUAAAAUUAUAUUUGCACUCGUGCUAUUUGGGAUAAAAACAGCACUCGUGUGAUAUCUCAUGUGAUAUUGCUUAUCAUAUGACAUAAACCAAAGACAAUUCAUACAGGGGCAUUUUUGCCCCAAUAUAUUAAAUUUAAGGGGCAUAAAAUUGAGUUUUUUCAUUUUAUGGACUACAUCAUGCACUGAGCUUCUGUCCUGCAUCAUGUUUGUUCGAAAUGAGACAUACGUCUGGGGUGGGAUAAGUGCAUUUCUAAUCACACUAUUUUUCCAUAACGAAUAGAUGAAAUUAACAUGUUAAAUUGACAUCCCCAGUUAUUAAUAUGAAUAUACAUAUAAGAUAUAGACAAAUAAUUUAAAAUGUAUUCAUAUAGAUCAUAUGGCCAGUACGCUCAUGCAUGGAUAGCCUAAAUGUUCAACAGAGAAAUAAGGCUUUAGAAUUAAGUUGUCCAUUAUGAGGAUCAUCAGUAGUUACUGUUAAGUUGCAGACAAAAUCAGUUCAGCUCUAAUCUAAUUCUGAUACUUUAACUGGAUUUCUUUGUCAAGCCUGUUUGUAAUGUGCCAGUUUUAAAGUUUCACAGUUAUGCAACUGAGUGAAGUCAAACUGGGUGACACAGUAAGCUGGAAAUGAAAAUGAAAGAAAGAUGUAGCUGUCUAUAUACCUGUGUAAGAGAGCGCUGCAGGCCAUGUCGAUGCCGAGUCUGAGCCGCAGGCGGCAUGAGGCAGCUAAGCUCGGGCUUAAUACUACAUGCUAUCUGGGAAACACAACUAUAGCCUAUUAUAUAUCACUAGUCCAUGUUUGAGUAAUAAAAUGUUUUUACAAUGUG